CAUUGCUCCCCAGGAGAGACCCGCCACCCGCCCCCACACCACACCACACCAUCACCGCCAUCACCAAGCACGCGCACACACCCACGGCCCUCAACCCCCCAUCCAACCCACGACCCAGGCACCCCACUUCCCCGGCGAGGCUGAGCGAUCUUUCCCCAAACCCAAACACAGCAAGCACGACGGAGCACCCGCGCCACCCCGGCGGCGAACGCAGGUAAGAUUUCCUCCCCGACCUCCCCUCCUCCGGGGCCUCUCUUGGCUGCUAUUAGAUCAGGCAAGAAGGGUUUCCUGGAAACCAUUUUUUCAUCAUCUUCUUCUUCUUCUUUCGCUUUGCUCGCAUGCAAAGUUCGUCUUCUUGUUCUUGCUAGGACGAGCAGAGAUCCGGAGAACCUUUUUACUCCUCUGGAUCCUCGGUCCGUCUUCUUCUUUUUAGCCUUUCUUUUCUAGCCUUUCUCGCGAGCCGGCGUAGGGGCUGUUUUUACAGAGCCCCUUCAGGUUGCUCGCACACCGCCCCUGUUCUUCUUCGCUUUUAUUGAAGAAAACAGGGCUUUUUUUCUUCGAUUUCUACCUUUUAGUUCGGUUUCUGCACAAAAAGUUUGGAUUUUUCGAUCUUUUUCUAGUUGGCAAUGGCGGCCAUAGAUCUGUAUGGCGCCGCGAACCAGUUCAGCUCCUCCUCGUCGUCGUCCUCCUCGGACCAGGAGCUCAUGAGAGCGCUCGAACCUUUUAUCAGGAGCGCUUCCUCGCCCACCUCCUCCACCUCCACCUCCACCUCGCCAUUCUCAUUCUACGCCACCUCCACCUCCACCUCGUCGCCAUUUUCGUAUUACAGUUCCUCUUCGCUGCCCCAAGAAUCCUGCUACCUCCCUGCCUCCUCCUCUUACAGUUACACCACACUUCAAGCUCCGUUUGCUCCCACCGCCGCCACCACCACAUCGUCGUCCUUCUCGCAGCUCCCGCCUCUGCCGCCGACCUCGCAGUACAGCGCCUCGCCGGCGGCCGCGUACCCGUCGGCGGGCGACGCGGUGGGGCUGGCCAGCCUGGGCCCAGAACAGAUCCAUCAGAUCCAGGCGCAGCUCUUCCUCCAGCAGCAGCAGCAGCAGCAGCAGCAGCAGCAGAGGGGCCUCUCGGCGUCGCUCCUCGGCCCGCGGGCGCAGCCCAUGAAGCAGGCCGGGGCGCCGUCCGCCGGGAAGCUGUACCGCGGCGUGCGGCAGCGCCACUGGGGCAAGUGGGUGGCGGAGAUCCGCCUCCCCAAGAACCGGACGCGGCUGUGGCUCGGCACCUUCGACACCGCCGAGGACGCGGCGCUCGCCUACGACAAGGCGGCCUUCCGCCUCCGCGGCGACGCGGCGCGCCUCAACUUUCCCAACCUCCGCCGCGGCGGCGCGCACCUCGCCGGCCCGCUCCACGCCUCCGUCAACGCCAAGCUCGACUCCAUCUGCCAGACCAUCGCCGCCCCCGCGCCGUCGUCCAAGUCGUCCCCACCGGACUCGCCCAAGGCCUCCACGUCGACGUCGUCGACGGAGGGAGACGGGUCGGUGCUCUCCGCCGGCUCGACGCCCCUCCCACCGCAGUCGUCGCAGCACCAGCAGCCCGCGGCGCCGCUCCACGAGAUGGCCAAGCUGGACUUCUCGGAGGCGCCGUGGGACGAGUCGGACGCCUUCCACCUCCACCAGGACCUCCACAAGUGCCCGUCGUGGGAGAUCGACUGGGACUCCAUCCUCUCGUGAUCGCCAGAGCAAACGGAAGCUCCAUGAACGAAUUAAUCAUUAAGCAGUGUAAUUAAUCCUGCAGCGGCCGAGGCUCGAUGGAAUAUUAGACAUCGGCCGCCGCCGCUGCGGUUAGGGUUUAAGGAGUUCGCCAUCGUCGUCGUCGUAGUAGCAGUCGUUAAGAAGGGUUUAAGCUUAAGUUUGCUUACUUAGCUGCGUACGUACUUUAUUGUAUUAUUAGUGAUCUCCUGGUUGCUUCGCCGGUUGUUUUUUCUCCGAGCAAGGCCAGUCGAGAGUGUAAUGUAUGCAUGUAACUCUUCGUUACCACGUACUGAAUUUGAAUUUUAUUACUAGUCUCA